AUGAAUUCCAAAACCAGGGGCAGGACAUUUGAAUACAAUAGAGACAUGGCAGCAAAAUCAUUUGACACACUUGGUAUUUAUCCCACCGCCAAUGAUAUGAAUCAGUUGCAUUCUACACUUGCCACACUCUCAUUGCAACCUAGAGAGUAUCAGCUUCACAAUGACAGGAAUCCCCUUGAUCUACUUGUCUAUGAUGAUGAUAUUCAAGGAGUAAAUCAUGCACUUACAGUGGAUCCAUGCAAAAAACGAGAUGCGAGUUGUGAUCAACAGCAACAGCAGCAAGACGAGACCUUUUGGUUAGCUGUGGCUGACACCUACCCCAAUAGAGAACCAUCUUUCAAUGUCUUGUUGAUAACAAAACUCAGGGCAGGCAUUCAACCUACCCACAUGCGAGGCGCUGUAUGGAAAGCGCUAUCCAGCGCCCACGCCUUACAUUUGGAGCCCUUGUAUCGUCAAUUGAAGAAUGAACCCUCACCGUAUGAAAAGCUGAUCCAGCGAGAUGUAUCAAGGACGUUUCCACAUUCAGACAUGUUUGGUCAAGAGAGCGGACAAAGGGCACUGGAACGUGUAUUGCGUGCUUAUAGUCUGUAUGAUGCGGAUGUGGGUUAUUGUCAGGGCCUUGCAUUCUUGGUGGGUCCCUUACUACUUCAAAUGUCCGAGGAAGAUGCGUUUUGUGUGUUUGUACGUCUGAUGGAGACCUACGGACUGAGAACACUUUUCACGCUGAGAAUGGAAGGGCUUCACCUCUGCUUGUUCCAAUUCGAUGUGCUGUUACUGGAGCAAAUACCUGAGCUACAUGCCUUCUUGAGCGCUCAGGGCAUCCAUCCUCAAAUGUAUGCCUCACAAUGGUUUCUUACUGUCUUUGCUUACAUAUUACCGCUUCCGCUCAUCUUUCGCAUAUACGACAUCAUGUUGGCUGAAGGUGUUACUGAAACUGUCAUGCGGAUAGCACUCGCUUUGCUCAAGAAAUCAACGCAUCCUAUUGUCGCCCUCACCGAAUUUGAAGACGUCAUGAAUUAUCUAUCGACACAAUUGAUGACACCUUUUCUAAAUAGCUUUGAUGCCGUUAUCCAACAUUCAGUCGAGUACAGAGACAUUGUGACAAGGAGCAAACUAGACGCAUUGGAGGAACAGUACACUAUUCUGAGGAAUAACAGCAUAAGCAAGAAGCAACAUAUACCCAAGCCAUCCACUGAUGGCAAAUCACGCAAGCGACCUAAAGGCUGGUUUGGUACAAUCAAAAGAUCAAAGCCAGCAACAUCUGCUAUGGAUCUACAGGAGCAACAAACAAAGGGCGAUGAAACACGGGUACUACAUCAGCAGAUCGAGGAUCUGGUAUUGGCAUUAUCACAUGUGCAAAAGGACAACACACUGCUAAAAGAACAGAUUGAGCAUUUAACACAGCAGCAGCAGCAGCAGCAGCAGCAACAUCAACAAAUCAAGCCAAAUCCAUCAUGGCAUGCUUACAGUUGCAGUGGUGCGCCAUCCAACAACACUCUGACUUGUUACUGUGAGCUUCAAAAGCAACUAACAGCAGCCAAAUCAAGAAUCAGUGAUUUGGAGGUGGCGCUACAGCAACAACAGCGAUCAUCUACACUAAGCCGAUCCGGAUCAAUCAACAGUGACAAAUCAUCCUACUCGACAUCAUCCUCAUCCACACUUGGCUCGCUCGGAUCAGCUCCACCAUCGUCUGCAUACCUCACUAGCAUACCGCUCACUGAAAAGGAACUCUUUCUGCAUCAGCAAACAAUCAGCAAAAAAGAGCUCAUGCUACCAUCGUCCUACUAUUAUGCUCGCAACAGCAUAAAGAACAGUUGGAAAUCGAUGUCAACCUAA